AGUGCACAUCACUGUGUAUUUCUGGAUUACUCGGUUGAAGGUGAAGAGACUACUUCCAUGUGGUCGACUGAAGGCUGCCAUCUUAUGCGGAAGAGUGCAACAUGGAGCGAAGGGACAACCGCUGAAUGUGUAUGCGAUCAUCUUACCCCGUUUACCAUGCUUCUUGAUUUGUGUGGUAGUCUCCUCAGCGAGGACGAUGCGGAUGACGAGCCUAUGUAUUUAACCCUGGAACCGGCGAUUGUAACCCUGUGCAGUUUAAUUGUGUCAAUUAUAUGUUGCUUCUUCAUUGCUUGCCAUCUACUAUGGGCCGUAUGGAAUAACGUCAUUGGAUUCACUCCCAGAAAAUUCACUCGACUAAAUUUUGUAGUCGGCAUUUGUCUGGCCCAUAUGUCGUUUCUCUUGAGCCAUACCGCAAUGGAACGUGACGACGAAAUUGGCUGCUUAUUAGUGGCGAUUGUAUCGCACUGGCUUAUGCUGGUGGUGUUUGCCUGGAUGGGAAUUGAAGGGUACUGGAUGAUCUUGCCAGUGUUUAAAUUUUGGACGGCAAUAUACGAGAACACACGGGUGCCCGGUGAUACAUAUGGAGGCGUUCGGUGGAAGGUGUGGUGCAUUGCUUGGUUGCUUCCAUUUUCUUUUCCGUUCUUCGGGAUCCUCAGUCACAUCCCAUUCGAGGCUAUGAAGCAAGCGUUUGAUGGCCAUGCUUAUGCAGUGGAAGAACGAUGGUGUUGGCUUGAUCAUGAGCACACCGCUUUCGUGGCUUGGACCUUCCUUGGACCGGUUACCAUAAUUUGUGUCAGCAACAUUGUGCUGUACAUUUUGUACUUGCGUCAUACUUUACAAAAUGAGAAAGAACUGCAGCCCUCACGAAGAGAUGGACCUAAGCGGUUUAAGAUAAUCAGUCUGAUAUGUACCAGCGGAUUACUUGGUGGCACGUGGCUUUUGGGAUACUUCCUGCUUUUCGUAUGCGAUAUGAGCGACAACGUCAAAAUGGCUCUGGGAUGCGUGUACAUCGUACUGAGUGCUGCACAAGGAGUUUUCAUUGUGGUGGUGCACCUCAGGGAAAUGAACGUACGAAGCACGGCUGGACUUGCCAAGAAACGUUUACGUAUCUUCCGAAGAGGACAAAAUAAAACAAGGGACUCGAUCGCCGUACGAUAUUGGAGAGAGUUGACAACAACACCUGCCGUGUCCGGCGGACCUGGUCGAUGGGCAGGUGCAUUGGUUUUAACGGAUGACAAUACGAAUGUCUCGUCCAGCAUAAAUGACGAAACAUCCGAAGACACAACUUCCGAAGCUCUGACGAUUUCGCGUAUUGUUGAGGGAAUUUCUGACGCUUAACGAUACAUUGCCACAAGAAAACCGAAAAUCACUAAUUUACCCCAAAAUCGCCAAUUUUACGAUGCAGCGAUUUUUAUGCACUCUGCACAUGGAAGCAUGAUACAAUAUGUUACACUUUAUUCUUUUGAGAGUCGUUUUAGUCAAUAUCUGGAAUUUUUCGGCAAUGUUUUAUUUUUUCACUGCUUCGCUUACGUACAGUUCAGUUGCCUAAGCAAAGGUAAUCAAGAAAUCUACAGUAAUAAUUUGAUUGCAUCCGAAUUCAGCUACACCAGCUAAUAACCUGCAUAGUAGCUAAUAACUGUGUCAUUUUGGUGUAAA